GAUACAUAGGACCAAGAACAAAAUUAAUCUAGCUAUAUAUACUAUAUAGUAACAUUGAAACAUAACUACAUCAAUUACUCCAUUUCAAAAACACCUUCAUUUUUGCCACUAUGACAUCAACUAUGAUGUCUGGUGAUAGAGACAACAUAUUACUCAACAUUUCACCUGAGGAAGUAAAUGAUUUUCUAGGUGAAUACACAUGGGAAGGUAAAUGGGAAAAUGUUAUAAUGUUAUACUAUGAAUAUCCAGAACAAGCUCACAGAGCAAUAAUCUCUGAUUCAACUGGCACUGCAUUACAUGUAGCAAUAGAUUUAGAUGAAGAAAAUGUUGUUAAAGAGCUUGUGAAUGCAAUUUUAAUUCAUAAUAGUCGACAAGAAAAUAUUGAUGAAAGAGUUGAAGCAUUGGAAAUGCAGAACGAACGCGGUGACACGCCAUUGCAUUUUGCAGCAUCAAGAGGUUUUGCUAGAAUAUGUAAGUUUAUUAUUGGGAGAAAUAAUGAGAGAAUAUAUUUGUUGAGUCGUAAAAAUGAACACGGUGAGACGCCUCUUUUUCAAGCUGCUAUUAAUUGGAGAAAACAAACUUUUGCUUAUCUUGCUCAUAUUUCUAAAGAGAGAGUCACUUUGCAAGAUCUUGUACGAGAAGAUGGUGAUAGUAUUCUUCACACUGCAAUCCGUGGAGAAUAUUUCGAUUUGGCUGUGAUAAUAGUGCAUCACUAUGAUUUUCUAAGCACACAUUUGAACAAAGAGGAAUCUACUCCUCUCAAAGUCCUUGCAACUAGACCUUCAGCCUUCAAAAGUGCUAGCAAUCUUUCAUGGUAUAAAAGAAUCCUAUAUCACUGCAUACUUGUGGAACCACUGGAUGCUGAAAGAACAAUGAAGUCAAAUUUGAGAAAGAUGGAGGCUAAUCCAGAUUGUGAUAAGAUGAAGUUUCCAGAAAACUAUACCACUUUAUAUGAUUUUGUUUCUAUAUGGUUAUUUGCAUUUUUAUUUGGAAAACAGGUUUCAAAAAAGAAACAACACGACACAGAAGACCCGUCAAACGAUAAUCAUCGUCCGAUUAGAUCAGAGAAACAUUGGGUUGGAUUUUUCCCACCAAAUUAUGAAACAUUUCAUCAAUUUGUCAAGUCUGCAUAUGUACAUACUCUAGGCCUUUCAGGAGUGGAGUUAAAGGAUGUAAAGGUUGCAAGGAAAAAGCACUUAUGGAGUAGUCAGCUGUUGAAGGCAUUAAUGAAAAGACCUUAUGCAGCAUUCACCGGAAGCGGUGGUCGACCAACUGAUAGGGAAAUUGACACUGACAUGUUUAACGUUUUUCCCUUAUGGAAACAAGGUGGACCCAGCAGGUUUGAAGACGAACAAGAACAAGAACAAGAACAAGAACAAGAACAAGAGCAAGAAUCGGAGUCGGAUGUUAUAAAGGAAGAGGCAUCAACUCCAAAUGAAACAAAGAAGGAAGCGAAAUAUGAAAAGGAAAUUAACAAAAAGAUGACACCGUUUUUGGUUGCAGCGAAAAAUGGCAUAGUCGAAAUGGUGAACGAAAUACUAAUAAAAAUACCAAGUGCUAUCCAUAACACAAACUCAAGAAAAGAAAAUGUAUUGCAUGUUGCAGUGAAGUAUAGGCAACCCCUUAUUGUUGAGACAUUGAGAAGUAUUAAGCACUCAAAACCAGAACUUUGGAAUAAUUUGAUUCUUGCAGUGGAUGUGGAAGAGAAUACAGUGUUGCAUUUGGCAGCAGAGGCACUUGGUGGUGAUAAACCUUGGCAGAUUGCUGGUGCUGCCUUGCAAAUGAUGUGGGAUAUAAAAUGGUUUCAGUAUAUCAGAAGCCUUGUACCACAACACUUCUACUUUAGAAGCAACAACAAUGGCAAAACAUCGCGAGAAAUCUUCAAGAAAUCACAUGCAGAUCUUAUAAAAGAAAGCAGUGAAUGGCUAAAAGACACAUCCGAAUCCUGCUCUGUCGUAGCUGCUCUUGUCGCUGGUGUCUCCUUUGCGACAGCAAGUGCUGUACCCGGUGGAACAACCGAUGAAGGCAGACCAAUACUAGAAGGCAAACCUGCAUUUGAUGUCUUCGCAAUUUCUUCACUCAUUGGUCUUUGUUUCUCUGUAACCGGACUCAUCAUGUUCCUUUCUAUUCUCACUUCGCGGAAACAAGCCAAAGAUUUUCGUCGUGAUUUGCCAUUCAAACUUCUUCUUGGGUUGAGUUCUCUUUUUGUGGCCAUUGCUUCUAUGUUUGUUUCGUUCUGCACCGGACAUUUUUUUCUGCUAAGCCAUAAUUUUAAGUCGAUUUUGUUUCCGAUUUAUGCAGCCACUUGUUUGCCUGUGACAUUCUAUGCUGUUGCACAGUUUCCUCUGUACUUUGAUCUUCUAACGGCUAUUUUAACCAAGGUGCCAAAGGCAACUGAUAAAGGUGACAGUUUAUAAAAUCCGUUGCUGUUUGUUUAGCGACGCCAAUAUCAGAGACAGAUUUUGUUCCGUCUCUGAAUCCGUCUCUAUUGCGUGGCGGUGGAAUUUAUGCCACAUAUAGACGGAAUAUUCUCGUCUAAUUCCGAUUUUUCUAGUAGGACAGUUUAUAAUCAAGAGCUUCUCUAUAGUGUGGUGUUGGACAUUUUUCUUUGUAUUCCUAUGUAAUAUUUAGAGCUUUUGAUUUGAUUUAUUUUUUCUGUGUAUUCUUAUGUUUGUGUGGUUACGGUUGUGUUAAAGUUGAGAAUUUUUUGUAUAAUUUGGAGAUAAAGUUUUGAUUCAAAUAUGAUGUUUAAGAGUGUAAUUGAUUUAAGCUUGGAGUGGAGUUUGAGAAUGUAAUAAUAAUCGGUGUUCCGUAUA